AUGGACGACUUGAUGACCGGUUGUAACGACGUCGAAGAAGGCCUGGAAAUACAUCGUCAAAUGACAGACUUAUUAGGAAAGGGUGGAUUUGCGCUUCAAAAAUGGAACAGUAAUAAUCAAGACAUAGUAAACAAAAUACAGGACAUAGAAAGUAAUAUACUAAAAGGACAAAUAGAUCAAAACAGGACAAAGGAUAACAAGGACAACACAAAUAAUCACAAUAUCAUACAGGACAUAAAAUCAAUAGAACAACAUAAACCAAAUAAAUCAGGAAAUAAACAAAACGAAGUAGAAAUAAAACUUGACAGUACUAUUAAAAUUCUAGGACUUACCUGGAACCGCAACGCAGACUGCUUCCAGUACACGGUGAACCUCCCGAUGCCCACGACCGCACCUGUAACUAAACGAGCUAUUAUUUCUGUGAUAGCACGACUUUUCGAUCCAUUAGGUUGGUUAGCCCCUAGUAUGAUUAUAGCGAAGGUCUUCAUACAGAAGUUGUGGCUUGCAGGUGUUGAUUGGGACCAGGAGCUAACCGAUGAUUCAAUAAAUGAAUGGAUACCGUAUCGUGAAGAGUUGAUAUUACUCACCAAGGUUCGGAUUCCUCGUUGGCUUGGUACAAAGUCGAACGACUAUCUGGAACUUCACGGUUUUAGUGACGCCUCCAAAACAGCUUACGCAGCUGCUGUUUACUUGCGAGUUGUCGGUUCAGAUGGUAACAUUAAUGUAUCGUUGCUGGUUGCUAAAACUAGAGUCGCACCAGUAAAACAAAUAAGUAUUCCGCGAUUGGAACUCUGUGGAGCGGUCUUGCUGUCACAACUGCUAUCGCAAACAGCUGAGGUCUUGAAUGUCUCUCAAGAAAGGGUCAAGGCGUGGACUGAUUCCACUGUUGUGUUGGCUUGGAUAAACAGCCACCCAAGCAGGUGGAAGACAUUUGUGGCCAAUAGAACAUCUGAAAUAUUAACCUCAAUGAAAGCGUCGCAAUGGUUUCACAUCUCCACAAAGGAUAAUCCAGCAGACUGUGCCUCGAGAGGAAUACUUCCUAGUUCAAUACCAGAAAACAAUUUAUGGUUUACUGGACCACCGUUUCUUAAGCUACAAAACGUAGUUUACAAUAGGCCAAAUCACAACAAUUGUACUACAGAUUUAGAAGAGUCAGCAAAGGUACAUGUAGCGACAAUUCCAAACGAAUCGUUCUUUGAUCGGUUUUCUCAGUUACGAAGAUUAGUUAGGAUUGUUGCAUACUGUCGUAGAUUUUUAAAGGAGAACAAAAUAUACAGAAAGGGAUAUUUACAAAAGACAGAAUUAGACGCUGCACUCGAAAGUUUUAUAAGAAAAACACAGAGAGAACUAUUUACAACAGAAUAUGAAGAAUUAAAGAACAAAGGCUAUAUACAAUUAAAAUCAAGCCCAUUAAAGUCACUCUGUCCUUACCUUGAUGAUAAGGACAUCAUGAGAGUUAGAGGGAGACUGGAAAAGUCAGAACUCAGCGAACAGAUGAAACAUCCUAUCGUCCUGCCUCACUCCAGUCACCUAACUAAGUUAAUCAUAGCUGACGCUCACCAUAAAACCCUCCACGGGGGUCCCCAGCUCAUGAUUAACUAUUUGAGAACAGCCUACUGGAUUAUUGGGGUUAGAAAUCUGGUCAAACAUCAUGUCAUCAAAUGUGUCAUAUGUGCUAGGCAAAGAGCCAGUACAAAAAACCAAUUCAUGGGCUCACUACCAGCUGUUCGUUGCAACCCAGCUCGACCAUUUCUUCAUAGCGGGGUUGACUAUGCUGGUCCAAUUAGCAUAAGGACAACAAAAGGGCGUGGCCAUCGGUCAUACAAGGGCUAUAUAUGCCUCUUUGUAUGCAUAGUCACUCGAGCUCUGCACUUAGAAGCAGUGAGUGACAUGAGCACUCAAGCCUUUUUAGCGGCGUUCAGACGCUUUGUUUCAAGGCGAGGUCAUUGUGCCAAACUGUGGAGUGACAAUGGCACUACAUUCGUAGGUGCCUCCAGGGAGUUACAGCAGUUGACAGCUAUUCAGUCAUCAAUAGCCGAACACCUCGAAACGAAUGGUACAGAGUGGCAUUUCAUUCCUCCUCACAGUCCCAACUUUGGUGGACUCUGGGAGGCAGGAGUGAAAUCUACAAAAUUCCAUUUGAAGCGAGUAAUCGGUGAAGAACCUCACCUUUGA